AAACGUGGUACGACCCCCCUCCUCUAUUUUGUGCGAACUCGUCGGCUUUCUUUCCCCCAAAUUUUCUCUCUCCUCUCUCUAUCUGUCUUUCAACACAACCCAUCUUUGAUUUAAUCUCCAUGACAUUCUUCCACUCUCUCUCAUCGUCGUCGCACCAUCGUUACCAAAAGCCCUAAUUUGAUUUCUUUCUUGAAGAUUAAAUGUUGUGGAUCACUUUUGAUGAUAUAGUACAGUUUUCUUGCUUGCAAUUGAUGGAUAAUGGCAGUUCAGAUGGAUAAACCUUCAGAAAUUUCUUCGAAAGAACGUGCUCAGCGUCUGUACAAUAAGAAUGUCGAGCUGGAAAAUACCCGACGUAAGUCCGCGCAUGCCAGAAUUCCUUCAGAUCCUAAUGUAUGGCAACAAAUCCGAGAGAACUAUGAAGCCAUAAUUCUCGAAGAUCAUUCCUUUUCCGAGCAGCAUGAGAUUGAGCUUGCUUUAUGGCAGUUGCAUUACAGGCGAAUAGAAGAACUGCGAGCCCUCUUAAAUGCAGCUCUUUCUUCAAAUGUUUCUUCUGCCACCCAAAAUGCGAAUGGUGGUCCUGCACGCCCUGAUCGACUUGCAAGAAUCCGAUCUCAGUUUAAGACCUUCCUUUCAGAGGCGACAGGAUUCUAUCAUGAGCUGAUGUUAAAAGUGAAGGCAAAAUAUGGUCUGCCUCUUGAUAAUUUCUCAGAUGAUAGAGAGAAUCAAACUUUUUUACCAAAGGAUGGACACAGAACCACUGACCUCAAGAAGGGCUUGAUUUCUUGCCAUCGUUGCUUGAUUUACCUUGGUGACCUUGCACGUUAUAAAGGUCUCUAUGGGGAUGGUGAAUCCAAGGCUCGAGAAUUUGAUGCAGCUUCUAGCUAUUAUGUUCAAGCAUCUUCACUGUGGCCAUCUGGUGGUAAUCCACAUCACCAGCUUGCUAUAGUGGCUGCAUAUCACGGUGAUGAACUUGCUGCAACUUAUCGCUAUUUUCGGAGUUUGGCUGUUGAAAGCCCUUUUACGACGGCAAGGGACAAUCUGAUUAUUGCAUUUGAGAGGAAUCGUCAGAACUAUACACAGCUGCAAGUGGACUCUAAAACUUCAACAGUGAAGGCAACCACCACUCGGAUGUCUGGGAAAGGGAAAGGAAGAGGCGACACAAGGGCCUCGUCAAAAGAAAGUAGAAGUCAAACUAGUCCAAGUAAAGUAAAGGCACCCAGUAUUCCAGAAACUUUUAAAGCAUUUUGCAUAAAGUUUGUCAGAGUGAAUGGCAUAUUGUUCACCCGCACAAGCCUAGAAACCUUUGCCGAUGUGUUAGCAAUGACCAAGAAUGAUUUUUUGGUGCUUCUUUCGUCUGGUGUGGAGGAGAAACACAGUUUUGGGUCAGAUGCUGCUGAAUGUGGCCUUAUUAUAGUCAGGAUGGUUGCCAUACUCAUAUUUACAGUGCACAAUGUGAACAGAGAAUCUGAGAGUCAGUCAUAUGCUGAAAUCUUACAGCGUUCAGUUCUUCUCCAGAAUGCGUAUACUGCAAUCUUUGAGCUCAUGGGCCAUGUUGUUCAGCGAUGCUUGCAGUUGCAUGAUUCUUUGUCAAGCUAUCUAUUGCCGGGCAUCUUGGUGUUUGUGGAAUGGUUAGCUUGCUAUCCAGAUGUUGCAACUUGCAGUGAAGCUGGGGAAAAACAAGCUAAUGCUAGGCUGUUCUUUUGGAAUUCCUGUGUAACCUUUUUCAACAAGCUUUUGUCAAGUGGGUUUUUGUCCAAGGAUGAAGAUGAGACAUGCUUUUUCAAUAUGAGCAAAUAUGAAGAAAGCGAGACAAACAAUCGUCUUGCGUUAUGGGAAGACUUUGAGUUAAGGGGAUUUUUGCCUCUUCAGCCUGCACAACAAAUUCUGGAUUUCUCAAGGAAGCAUACUUUUGUGAAUGGGAAUGAUGGUGGAAUUAAGGAGAAAACAACUCGCGUACAGCGGAUAGUUGCUGCUGGCAAGGUCUUUGCUAAUGUUGUUCGGGUAGGGCAGCAGGGAAUUUAUUUUGACCCUGACUCGAAGAAAUUCAUUCUUGGUUCUGAGCCGCAAUUAUGUGUUGAUCUCUUGCCUGAAAAAACGAUGUCAAAUGUCAUGGGCCAAGUGUCACAAGUUGAGACGGCAAGUCCGAGAGCUCUUGAACCAUCAAAGGUGGUUGAGGUAGAGGAUGAGGAGGAAGUAAUUGUUUUCAAGCCUUCAGCUGCAGAUAAACAAUUUGAUGCAGGGUUUCGGACUUUGACUUCUUAUGAGGAUCUUGGGUUAGUGCCUAAUAUGUCUGGCGGAGAGCUGGGAGUUUAUGAUCGUCCUGUGUCAGUAUCACCAAACAGAAACAUUCUUAAUGGAGUUUUUCCCAUAAAUAUCCCUCAGAAUGGGCAUGAUGCAACUUUGAGACCUUCUACGUCCAUUGCUAAUGCCACCUCCCAGCAUAUGCAACCUAUCCAACCUAUCCCACUCACCACUUCUGGUUGGCUGUCAGAGCAGCGGACUUCAAUGAUGAAUGGUGUUAAGGAUUUGAGCCUGAUGGAUAAUGGGCAUUUGAUGAACCAAAAGCCUUCUGAGCAUUUUUCACCCUUGCAAUCUGCUGCCCUGUCUCUGCCUUUCUCGCAUGCGGUCAAUGUUAACCCUAGUAAUGGCUAUCCAGUGCAGGUCUCUGAAGCUUUCAUGUCAUCUAAGACCAACUUCGAUGUAUCAUCUGGGACUGAUUUUAGCAUUUCCACAUUCAAUCCCCACUCUAUUUUCUCAACUGUUCCUCGAAAAAAUCCAGUCGGCCGACCCAUUAGACACAUAGGCCCUCCACCUGGUUUUACACCUGCCACUCCUAAAUAUGCUGGUGAUAACCUGCAUGAGCCAAGUCUGAAGGAUGAGAACCCAAUACUUGAUGAUUAUAGGUGGCUAGAUGAAUAUCAAUUGCCAUCGUCAACAAAACCAGACAUUAACAUAUGUCCUAAUCUCAAUGGAGCUUCCUAUAACCAUAUUGGCAAGUGGAAUGUCACACCAGGGGCAAUCAACUUCCCUUUUCCUGGAAAACAGGCUUCAGUUAUUCAGGCCCCAGUUCAGAACAGUAAACUGUGGCAGGACUACCAGUAUACUGAUCGACUGAAACUAAGUGAGCAGCAGAAAGGAAAUCAACAGGCAUUGUCUUUUUCAGAGCAGUUUCAAGGUCAAUCUCUGUGGGAUGGUCGUUUUCUGGUGUGAAAGCUAUGUCAAAAGUUCUUGGAGAAUCUACUGAGGUGAUUUCUGGAGGCAGUUGCUACCGUUUCUGCAUCCUGCUUCGGUUCUGCAUUGAUAUUAAGUUUUUGUUGAAGCUUGAGUGAUCUUGGGAGUGUUGCAGGCAUCUGCUUUUGGAACAGUAGGUGCCGAGGUUUCCAGGACGGAAUGGAUGGAGUCAAUGGAUGAGUAGGGAGACUUGCAUUGGAAAUACGAAGGGUUAGUGGUAGUCAGUCUGGCUGAAUGGAUGGGACCCGUCUGAAAUUCGACAUGUGGUUGGACCGGAUUUCGGUGCUGGAUAAGUAUUAGCAUACUCUACUAGGCCUUUGAUCGGUGAUAUGAAAGAUUUGGAUGUUAGUAGGCGUUUCAAAAACCGUCGACAAGUUCAGUUUGAGGAAAGCUGAUAUUAUGUGGUGGUAUCUAGGGAAUUUGCUUUCGAGCAAUCUUAAGUUUCUACAUAUUAUAAUUUCAUUUCUUUUGAGAAGCAGAAAGGUUAUGCACAAUGCUUUAUAUUAGUAAUAGCAGAAAUAAGCCCAGGUCUACAAUCGCGUCAGCUUUUGUGGCCUUUGUGAAAUUAGUUUUGAUAAUGACUGGUGACUGGAGUUUGUUCCUUAGACCAGACUCGUUUUGUUUGCUGUUUGUGUUGCCAUUAGAGCUUUCAUGGCAUUGCAGUAUUAUUAGUGCUCUUACUAUUAAUAUUGUAUUCUAUUUGCAGAUUA